UUAUUAUUAUCAUUAUUAUUAUUAUUAUUAUCAUUAUGUACAAUAAUACAUAAAACUAAAAGACAUCUUUAAAAAUGUUCCUUACCUGAACUCAUAGAAAGAAUAUGUAAAAAUAGGUAAAGUAAUCAAUACGUAGAUUAAGAAAUAGAAGAAAAAUAAUAUUGACGGAAAUGAUAGACUAGAGAAAGAAGGAAAAAAAAGUUUAGUAGGAGAGAGGAAAAAAGCCUGUGCAAUGGUGCGACCUCACGAUAAGUCUCGAGAAAUGUCUGGAGUUCACAAGAGGAAACAUAUUCAGCGUAUAUAGGUAGGCAAAGUCACACAGCAUGGCGAGUGUUUCCUCGCAGUCGUCAGCGAAGGCAGUGAACAGUACACAAGGAUGAACUGGACCGUUUUCUGCGUAUUGUUAGGGAUUGGCUGUUUUUGUCAUGCUCGCGACGAGGCGAAGGAACGUUUCAUCGUCACCCGCUCCACCAGGAUGGACUUCACCAUCACCACGACCACCACCACGGUGCCUUACACAUGCAUCUCCGGCAACGUUCCGACCAUUGCUUGCAGACGGGCAGCAAUGAAAUACGUUUCCAACCCCGGUUCCGGUCUGACCUUAGCCAGCUCGAUGUAUCCGGGAACCGACGCUAAAACAGAACCCGAUCGCCAACCACGAGCCGCUGUCACUGUCUGGUCGAUUGUCCUCUCCACCUUCACCGUCACCUCGACCUUCACCAACAGCGCCACCACACUCCCCAUCUCCCUCCUUUGCUCAACAGCGGGAGCAGGCAUUCCUCCCCUGUGUUAAAACAAUAGAUGUCAAGGAAAGUUUACGUCGACUUUAAUAGGACUGUUUUCACUGUAGUGCGUAUGGUAGAGAUCAAAAGGAUUGCGCGGUCAUCUUUGUAAACUCUCUCACCUUCUAUCUCUCUCUUUCUCUCUAUCUCUCUCUCUCUCUCUCUCU